AUCUAACUCACAAAGACGACUUCUCUCCCUCAGAACCCAUACAUAUAUAUUGCUAUCAACCUGCACCAAGAAAGAAAAAACAAUACCCACCAUCAAAAACAAUAACAAGAUGAUGAAGAAAAGGACGAUCAUCUCAAACAUUGUCAUCGUAUUUGGGAUCUCGGCCGUCCUCUUCAUUUGCGUUGCAGAGAGCAGACACCCAAGGCCAACGGCAGUCCAAUGCAGCACGGUGGAAAUCGAUGCCAUGCCGUGCCUGCAGUUCGCUCAAGGAGGUCAGGACAAAGUCCCACAGACCUGCUGCAGUGGUUUACACAACCUCGCGGAUAGCUCAACCACAGUCGACGACAAGACCGCCUCCUGCAAGUGUUUGGCUGCUGCUUUUCAGAAAUUCCCUACCAUCAAAGACGAGGAUUUACAGAAAAUUCCUGGACUAUGCAACGUUACAGUUCCCUUUCCCCUCUCCAAGAACCUCAAAUGUGACAACAUCACGCAGUUCACUAUCGGCUAUUAGAGCGACAUGAUGGUCGAACGACAAGUUUGAUAUGGCUACUAGAAUUCAUGUUUAUUGUGCCUUUGAUUCAUCCUAUGGAUGUACACUGAAACAUCAAAAACAAUUCACUGCUUGUUUCCUUACCAUUCAACCUGUAACCAAAAAAAAAAAAAACUCUUCAAACUCAAUCAUCUUGUACUUUUAAGUUUUAUCCGUUUAACAUUCCUACUCAACACUAUACAUUUUAAGUCCGAAAAACUUAUAACUUAAUGUUCGUGCAUUGAAAUACUCAUUCGACGAUGCUGGACAAGAGGGUCGAUGAGAUGUUAAUCCUUCUAUGUUACGAGAUUGAUAUUAUCUAUAAAGAUGUUAUUCAAGU